AUGGAGCCCGCAUCUGAAGCUGCAAGGGCUCUGCGAGAGUCCUUUGGCGACCGCAAACCCAUCGACAUAAGUCGAAAGAUCACCGCCUGUGUCGCAUGCCGCAAACAAAAGGUCAAAUGCUUUAUGGGCAAUGAUGGAAGUCCGCCUUGUACACGCUGUAAGAAGCGAGGUAUAUCAUGCACCGUCAAUCGCAGUCUACAAAUGCUACUUGAGAACGAUGUCUCGUGGAAAUCCACAGUGGAGAAAAAGCUCCAGGCUUUGGAAGACUCGGUCGGCAAAUUGAACCAGCUGGCCGCAGUUGGGGGGGAGCAUUCUCGACUUCUUACUUCUCUAGACACCGCAUCAACUCAGCUCAAUGCACUGGCUCCAACCACCGAUCAGGCUCCUCCACAGCGGUCAGAACAGGCUUGGGAAGUUGUCAUGGACUUGAAUCAAGGCCCUGGAGUCGUUCCAGCGUCAGUGGUUUCCGAAGUUCCCGCUGCUAGAGGAGACGCAAUCGCACCGAAUCAGCGACAGUCCGUCGACCUCAUCGAUCAAGGUGUAAUCUCUCUGACGGAUGCGCAAGAGUUCUUUGACUUGUACUACCGUCGGCUAGACCAUUUCCUGUACAGGAUACUGGCAGAGCAUGACUCCCUAGCAAGUGUACGGAAGAGUUCGUCUUUAUUGACUGCGGCUGUGUGUACAGUCGGCGCACUUCACCAAUCAUCUUCACAGUAUCAGCCAUGCUAUCAACAUUUUGUCCAGCUCGCAUCGUCCCAGAUGUUCUCCAAGAAGAACAAUCACGACGACGUGCGAGCACUCUGCAUUGGUGCUUUCUGGUUGAGUGAUAUUUCGUGGAGUCUACUUGGUCAAGCUGCUCGACUUGCAGGUGAAUUGAAUCUUCACCGGUGUAUACCCAAAGCUCCGCAUACCAAGAAAGCCUGCUUUCUCCGAACUCGACUGUAUUAUCUGGUCUACAUCUGCGACCACCAUCUCUCGAUAGUUUACGGACGGCCGCCCCUGACACGAGAUUUUGGCGCCAUCACGCCGCCCAGCGAGUUUCUGAAGUCGAGCUUCGCGACAGAAGACGACACCCGGCUGAUCAGUCAGGUGGAAAUAUGGAUCAUCAAUACACGGGUAUUCGACCAGUUCAGUCUCGACCCUUCAGCACAUUUGUCCGAUCGACUGAUUCCACAGCUUCGGCGUCUGGGAAUCGCCCUCGACACUUGGAGGGCUGACUGGUACGAAAAGUUCCAAGCGAACCUUCAUGUGGGUAACUAUCCCCGCAAGGGAGUCGAUCUGCAUUACCACUUUGCCAAGUUGUUCCUCUGCUCGCACGUGUUCCGAAGACCUUCGGGUCCACUCGAAGGGUCGACGAUGCUGGAACCUGAAUUGAUCGAGUUCUCCAAUACGGCAAUCAGUUCAGCGACAUCAAUCGUACAGGCCAUCAUUAAAGACGAGGAGAUUCAGUCAUAUUUGCACGGCCUGCCUGCAUAUUUCGACACCAUGAUUGCCUUUGCAUUUGUGUUUCUCUUGAAACUCACCAUCAAAUAUCCUGGAAACAUAUGGAUCGAUAAGGCGGGGAUCCUGGACAUGUUGGACCAGGCCGUAAGCAUCCUGGAAAGCUUGACGACCAAGAUGCACCCUCGACAUCUUCUGACUAGCAUUGUCAGCAGUAUGAGAAAGCUCCUGGAUCGGUCGAUGCAGAGCACCGAUGAAGAGGGCAAUGCUGUCGCGUUGAACUCGAUGUUGGUAGGUGGCGGUGGAGGUGGAGGUGGAGCAGGAGUCGAUGCAUCGUUUGCGGAGAAUGAAUGGUUCAGCCCAACCGAUGCCAUGUUUUUGGAACAGUACGACUUUGCAGAUUUCAAUUUUGACAUUGAUUUCGAUGCGACCCCGAAUGCUUGA